CUCCAAUUCAACCCCUAGCCUGGGAACUUCCAUAUGCUGCAGGGGCAGUCCUAAAAGGCCAAAAAAAAAAAAAAAAAUUGGCAUAAACUCAGGUUGUUCAUAAUAUUGUUAAGUAGCUACACAUAUGGCCCUCUUUCCAUUCCUAAAAUUGUCAAAUGAUGCCUUCCUUUCCUUACCCCUCUGCCACCUUGAAUAGUCUUGUCAGGUUUAUCAGCCUUCAGAAACACCAACUUUUGACUUACAUUUUACUUGAUUCUUUCUGUUCUAUUUUAAAAUUUUUCAUUAUCUGCUCCUUUUUAUUGUGUUGUUAAUUCUUGAAUUUUUGAAGUUGGAUGCCCAAGUUAUUCUUUUUGAGACUUUUUAAUUCUUUAUUGUAUGUAAGGCUAUACAUUUUUCUUCUAAGUACCUUUUUAGCUGUAUUCCUCAAGUUUUGAUAAGAAGUAUUUUGUCAUUUACAGUUCUGUUAUUUUAUACUUUCCAUUAUUUAUUAUUUGACCCAUACAUUGUUUAGGAAAAUAUGUUAAAUUUCUAACAAUAUGCUAUUUUUAUAGUUAGCUUUCUGUUAUUGAUUUCUAAUUGAAUUGUGUUACACCAGGGAGAAUGUGGUCUGUAUCUAUAUGAUAACUGUGCUUUGGGUUAUGUUGAGGCUUGCUUUAAAGACUAGCAUGUGAUCAAUUUUCAAAACUAUACACUUUGUUCUCAUAAAGAGUGUAUAAUCUAAUUAUAUGUUAUAUAUAAUAUCAUGGGAGUAUUUUGUAUGUUUCCAUUUUAUCAGUCUUCCUAAUUGUAUUGUUCACAUCUCCUGUUUCCUUUUUUAUUAUUUUAUUUCCUGUUCUAUCAAUUACUGUAAUCAAAAACUCUCUAAGUGUAGAUUUCUUUUUCUUUUCUUUUUCCUUUUUUUUGGGGUGGGGGGCUGCUCCAUGGCCCAUGGAAGUUCCUGGCCCAGGGAUCGAACCUGUAUCAUGGCAGCAAACGAAGCCACUUCAGUGAUGACGCCAGAUCCUUAUCCCACUGUGCCACAAGACAACUCCAAGCUUAGACUUUUUUUAUGUUUAAAUUUACCCACACACUUACCAAUAUCUUGUCAUACUAUUGCUUGUUGCAUUUCAGAUGUUUAAUUUUGAUCAUUUUUCUUUUGCCUGAAGUACUACAUCUAUUACAAUUUCUUAAAGUGAUUGUCUUGUUGUUGCCAGCUGUCUAAAUUUUUGUUAGAAAAUUUCUUUACUUUACUUUGAUUUUUAAAAGGUAUUUUUCCUGGGUAUAGAAUUCUAGGUUGACAGUUACUUUCUUUAAACACAUUGGCUAAUAUUAUUUAGUCUUGCUCAUAAGGAGUCAGUUGUUAGUUGCUGUUCAUUUGAAGGUGAUCUAUAUUUGGCAGUUUAUAAGAAUGUGUCUUUUUCUUUGAUACACAGUUGAACUGUGAUGUAUCUAGGUAUGGAUUUCUGUUUAUUUAUCCUGCUUGGAACUUGUUAGGACUUCCUAGAUCUCAGGAUUGAUGAUUGUCAACAAAUUUGCAAAACUCUCAGGCUUUUCUCUUCAAAUAUUGCCUCUUUCUCAUUCUAUUUUAUCCUAAUGUAAUUCUAAUUAGAUCUAGUUCUUCUCUCUUUUCCUUGAUGUCUCAACUUUUUUAAUAUAGUCUGUAUCUCUGUAUUUCUGGAUGAAUCAGUUCACUAAUUUUCUUUUUUAGGCUGACGUUAACAAGAACAAUUUCAGUGGAAUGAGUCUAGACUGAUUUGUGUGGAUUGGUGAGGUGAUGAGAGGUGAAGCAAUGGAGACUUCUAUAGUUAACUCAGUAUGGAAGUUUUGUUGUAAAGGGAGCAAAGAAAAAAGAAGAGUUAUGAAAGAGUUGUUGGUUUUUCUAUAAGAUGAGUAAUAUUAAGGCAUGUUAAAUAUCAACAGAAAUGAUCUAGAGUUGGAAAACAUGAUGUAGAAAAGAAAGGAGAAUUUAGGAGAGAAAUCGGUGAGAAAGUAAGAAGCAACUACAUCCCGAUUGUUAGUACUGUGCUUUAUUUGUGUUUUUUUAAUACCACCUUUAAGGAUUAGUGAAACAGGCUUUUCCUUUUAAUCAUGAAGUGAGCAUGCAUUCAGUUUAACAGGUAUUAUUCAUGUACCCAUUCACUCACAUUCAUGUACCCAUUCAUUCACAAAUAUUCUGUUAGUUUUUUAUGUGCAAGUCACCGUGCUAGAUUUUGGGAACAGAAUUACUACAAAAUAAACAUGAUCUGUGUAUUAUGAAGCUUGUGCCAUGUGGUGGUGGUAGGUAGGUAUGAUACAGACAAUGGACUUGGAAGGGGAAGUACAGGACUUAAAAGAUCAUUUAACAGUGACAUUGGGGAGUUCCUGCUGUGGCACAGUGGGUUAAGAAUCCAACUCUAGUGGCUUUGGUCUCUGUGGAGGUACAGGUUUGAUCCCUGGUGUAGUGAGUUAAAAGAUGUGGCGCUACUGUGGCUGCAGCGUAGGUCACAGCUGUAGCUUGGAUUCAGUCCCUGGCCUGGGAAUGUCCAUAUGCUGAGAGUGCAGCCAUUUUAAAAAAUUAAAAAAAUAAAACAAACGAACAGUGACCUUAAUCAUUUAACCUUAUUCUGCAAACUUAGAGAAGAAUUUAAGGUGAUUCUCAAAGAAUGAGUAAUUAAUUAGGCAAGUUAUGGGAGAGCAUUCCAGGAAGUGAGAAGAUCAUAGAACACAGUCCUAUUGCAGAAGGGAACUUGCAUGGGUUUAGAAACUGAAAGAAGACUGGAGUGUAAUGAAAAGGCGAGAACUUUGGAGGGUUAGCAGUCUAUUGAAGACAAUGAAGUAUAUUUGCCUAAUGAUGAGAUUUGGACCUAUGAUAUUGAUAGUGGGUUGUGGACAAUGCACCUCAUGGAAGGAGAACUCCCAACCUCCAUGUCAGGAAGUUGCGGUGCUUGUAUUAAUGGAAAGCUGUAUGUUUUUGGAGGAUAUGAUGACAAAGGAUACAGCAACCGACUUUAUUUUGUUAAUUUGAGAACAAGAGAUGGAACCUACAUUUGGGAAAAAAUCACCAACUUUGAAGGUCAGCCACCCACACCACGUGAUAAACUUUCCUGCUGGGUAUAUAAGGACAGAUUAAUAUAUUUUGGUGGCUAUGGGUGUAGGAGACACAAUGAACUCCAAGACUGUUUUGAUGUUCAUGAUGCAUCUUGGGUACGUCUACCAGAACUAUUCAUAGCUCAGACUGGCUUCUGUAUGAGAGAAGAGCAGAUAUUCUGGGGAUGGCAUAAUGAUGUUCACAUAUUUGAUACAAAGACACAGAGUUGGCUACAACCAGAAAUUAAAGGUGGAGUUCCACCUCAACCACGAGCCGCACACACGUGUGCAGUUCUUGGAAAUAAGGGCUAUAUCUUUGGCGGUCGUGUUUUGCAAACUAGGAUGAAUGAUUUGCAUUAUCUAAACUUAGAUACCUGGACCUGGUCUGGAAGGAUUCCCGUUAAUGGAGAAAACCCCAAACAUCGGUCAUGGCAUACCUUAACACCAAUAGCAGAUGAUACGCUUUUCCUAUUUGGUGGACUAAGUGCAGACAAUGUUCCACUAAGUGAUGGUUGGAUUCAUAAUGUCAUAACAAAUUGUUGGAAACAACUAACACAUUUACCUAAAACAAAACCCAGGUUAUGGCACACAGCCUGCUUGGGAAAAGAAAAUGAAAUAAUGGUAUUUGGUGGGAGCAAAGAUGAUUUACUGUCCUUGGAUACAGGUCAUUGUAAUGAUUUACUGAUCUUUCAAACACAGCCUUAUUCACUACUCAGGUUAUGCCUUGACUGCAUUGGUAAAAAUGCUAUCAUUUUAGAAAGUCAGAUAUCUUUAUUACCUCCGAAACUUCUCCAACAAGUACUCAAAAAAAUAACAUUUUGGACUGCAGCUAAUCACCGAGAAGAACAAAGGGCCCAAAAAGAAGAAACCGAAAAUAAGUAUCAGUGGAUCAGUGGCAAUUAAGUUGUUAUAUAUUCUAUACAUUUAAUAUGUUCAAACAUUGUAAUCAGACUGUAUAUUUACCUCCCUCUCAAAUUGGAGGCUUUAUUUAGAGGAUAAAGUUUGAAACAAAAAUUCUAUGUUAAAGUGAUUUUAUGGCAUGAGAUAUGUAGGAAGAUGUUAAUGGCAGAUUAAUUUAUAUUUGUAAAUCAAUUUCCUAAUAAGCUGCAGAAAAAAUAUACUUUCUGAAAGUAAGUACAAUUGUAAGAGACUUUAACUCACUGUGUCCUCUUUACUGGAAAGGUGAUAGAAAUUUGAGGAGAAUAGGAAAUUACCCCCAAGGACUUUAUGAAUCCCCCAACAUAGAUAUAUAAAAACAUCUCCUAUCAACUUUCAGAAAGAAUAGAUUUUUCUCAAGUCACUUUAAAAUUACAUAAAGCUUUCCAUUAAAUAACUCAAGUGUUUAAAUACCGAAUAUAGCUGGCCAAAAUGAUAAAACAGGCAAACACCAGUGUGGUAUUAAAUAUUGAACUCCUACCUACCUUUUAUCACUUACCUAGUAAAGUAUUCGUCCUUACCUUUAUUUGAGUAGGGGACUAAAUGUCUUCAACUGUCUUUCUGUGACCAUUAAGUUAUUAGUGCGUCCAAUUUUGUAUGUAUAUAAAGACCAUGUUUGAAAGUAUCUCAAAUGGAGAUUUAUUUAUCAUACAGGCUUUGAAAUAUUGAGACACCUUAAAAUACAUUUUGCCUUGGAGGAGUACUUCUAAAAUAAUUGUCAACAAAUUGUGAAGUGGGAUAAGUUACUAAUUUGCCUUUCUAGAAAUUCCUCAGUUUGGCCCAUACCAUUCUGCAGAGUUGGUGCUCAAGACCCAGAUAUUCAAAACAUGUUAUUUUCCCAUUUGUUUUCAGUAUUAACUGCCUAUAAAGAAAUGGAAAAUGAAUAUUUAUCUUUAUAUUCCUUAAAUAGUACUUUUGUCAUAAUGAAGAGAUUGUUCCUUAUCACAGUCAUACUCAUCCAUUGAAUUACUAAUAACAAUGAAUUACUAAAAAUCUCGGUAUAUAAAAUUACCCUCUAGCAUACCACCACACGGGGUGUCUCUGAAACUUAAAAUGUUAGAGUAAAUAUAUUUCUAUAUUGAAAUAUAUGUAUAAUUUACAAUGAAAAUUAUAGUAGUUUAUAGAGCUCCUAAAUUUUAGAGAUAUAUUUUAUAUAUAUGUACUGUAUUUUGGAUGUGUAAAGCUUCUAUUUAUGUAUUGAAAUAUUUUGUGUUUACAUCUUAUUUAUUAUACCAACUAUAUAGAAUUACUAUUUUCCUAGUAUUGUUAGUAUGAACCAGUCAUUAGAAUUGAUUGUGCAAACCAUA